UGCUGUUCAAUUAAUUGUUAUUUCGCAAAUUCACAUUGUCACUAGCAGUGUUGGUGCCUUCUACAAAAAGUGCGCAAAUCAAACGAUCAAUAGACGCGUCGAAGACACUUCGAAACCAGCUAGGAGGUAUUAUUUCUUGUAUAAUUAUUAAUAAGGGUUCAAAGUUGAGCAGUCCGAUGAUGGCAAGCUCCAAACUGCGCAUACAACCAGUCGGAUAUCACAUCAGAAAAAGCAUGCGUAAAUGACGGUUCACUCGUAGCUUAGUAUUUAUCGUCUUAUGAGUUCAGCUACCAGAGAGAAGAACUCAAUUAACUGAUAAUGGUACAAUUAUGACUGUUGAUUACUGAUUACAAUAUAGUGGUUUCCGAACUCCUCAGACAAUGUGUAUGUAAUUGUACUUUCCAUAAACCAUUCGACCGAUUGCUGUCGUGGAACAACUAGUUGAGCCGUAACGGUCGACCGAGCAGGUCGUGCUUCCAGCUGUGCGUAUUUGCGCAGGCUAUGAUUUCACAAAGUAGACGGCGUCGCGCUGAAUAAACGUCAUUUUCGCUUGUCGCGGUGUGAAUAAAACGAUUUAAGUAUUUGCAAUAAAAAAUUAUAAGACAUUGGACGAUCAACCGAGGCAGGCGGGGAUAAUGGCAGCAGACGAGAGUGUCGCAUCAAUGACAGUUGACGAUGAACGUGCGCUUAACAACGAUGAACAACCUCGGGAUCGGGGUCUGUGGCGCGAUUUAGUAGCCUACUGGUUCCUGGGGUUAUGCAAUAACUACGGCUAUGUGGUGAUGCUGACGGCCGCUCACGAUAUCCUGAAGGAAUUGGACACCGAUACCGAUCACAGCCGAUCGCUGAUACCGUUCCACAGUGCUGCUUCACCGUUCGCUCAGACAACGAGACCCUGCAAUAAAAUGUCCACGGGAGCGAUUCUGCUUGCCGACAUCCUUCCGGCUCUAUCGGUGAAGCUACUCGCAUCUUUCCUGCCUCUUUGGAAACAUGCUCGUGUGAUGUUAUGCGUUGCACUUGCAGCUACCGGCUUCAUUUUGGUAGCGUUUGCAGCUUCCGAGUGGUUACUGUUUCUCGGAGUCAUCUGUACCUCGUUUAGCUCCGGGCUUGGGGAAGCGACCUUUCUGGCAUAUGCGAGCUAUUUUAACAAAAACGUCAUUUCCACGUGGUCCUCGGGGACAGGCGGGGCCGGCGUCAUCGGAGCAUUAUCGUACACCGGACUAACUGGAUUGGGGUUGUCGCCAAAAGCAACCAUGCUGGUUAUGUUGGUAGUUCCCGCGAUUGAGGCCGGUUGCUUUUGGCUUUUGCUGCGACACAAAGACACCAGCAAGGAUCCCAUAGUGCAAAGUGCAGACGAAACUGCAGCUAAGGUGGAAUACAGUGAGAUUCCAGAGAAUGAACGCCCACUAGAAAAUUGGCGUCAAAAAAUUUCGUACAUUCCAUCAUUAUUUAUUUACAUGAUUCCGUUGAUAUUGGUAUAUUUGUUCGAAUAUUUUAUCAAUCAAGGAUUGUUUGAGCUGGUAUAUUUCCCGAACAUUUUCCUGGAUCAAUCGGAACAAUAUCGAUGGUAUCAGGUUUUGUACCAGAUCGGUGUGUUCAUAUCGCGAUCAUCGGUGAACAUCGUCCAAUUCAAGCAUGUUUGGAUUAUGGCUGUGCUGCAGCUGGUUAACGUGAUCUAUUUCACAUUUGAAGCCAUUUAUAUGUUUACUCCUACCAUCUGGAUCAUCUUCGUAUUAAUCCUGUGGGAAGGGCUGCUCGGUGGCGGUGGAUAUGUCAAUACAUUCUAUCGCAUGCAAACCGAAGUACCAGAAGCCCGCCGAGAGUAUGCCAUGAUGGUCACAUCCAUUUCCGACUCGGUCGGCAUUGCGCUGGCCGGAAUCGCUGCUAUCCCCUCGCAUAACGCAAUCUGUGAUUUACCGGUCCCGGAACGGUUGCUGUAGACUUGACCAAAGGUAGUAGACGCCUAGUUUUACCUACUGGUUGAAAUGUGUGUACCUCUUACUUUUACGUAUAGAUGCGAACGAAUAAAACUAUAAGUGACAUAA